UUGGCUGCAAUAGAAUCCGCUGAUCUCUAUACAAUUGUAUAUUUAGAGUGAACGUUACAAAUAGUUGCUGAUACUAUUCACAUGACGAUAGAAAUCUCUGUUUUCCUGUCAAAGUCACAACAGUCGGCUAUGGCGUCUUCUAAGAAAUGGAAAUAGUGUUGAGCCUUGUGUCGUUAACUGUCACCAAGGUUUUACAGUUUUCUGGACUCGUCGACAACAGGAAUGCCCUGAAGACGAAAACGAUGGAGGAGAAAGCGUUAGAAGUGUACGAUGUGAUUCGAUCGAUCCGGGACCCGGAGAAGCCCAACACCCUGGAGGAGCUGGACGUGGUGACGGAGAAAUGUGUGGAGGUCCAGGAGCUCGGCGAGGACGAGUACCUCAUCAUUAUCAAGUUCUCUCCAACCGUCCCUCACUGCUCUCUGGCUACUCUGAUCGGCCUGUGCUUACAAGUGAAGCUGCAGCGAUGUUUGCCAUUUAAACACAAGUUGGAAAUUUACAUUUCAGAGGGAACCCAUUCUACUGAGGAGGAUAUUAACAAGCAGAUCAACGAUAAGGAGCGAGUGGCAGCCGCCAUGGAAAACCCAAACCUGAGGGAGAUCGUGGAGCAGUGCGUCACCGAGCCCGAUGACUGACGGAGGAAGCUCCGCCUACCUGAAGCCGCAGUGUGUGUGUUUGUAUGUGAGCGUGUGUGUGUGUGUUUUCACAGUGCCUGAGGAUAUUUUUCAGAGGAUUCCUGAGCGUCUGUCUGAAGGCGAGGCUUGUGUCUGCUCUGGGGAGUUUGCGGGUGUUUGGAGGAUUUUCUGGAGUCUCCAGUGAGAAGCUUGAACACUGAGAGGUGAAGAAAAGCCAGAUUGGAAGCCGGAGUAAAGCCACAGAUGUGCGUUGACUUACCGAUCAUUCCCUGCUGGACGGCCUCGCGAUGAACAGCAGGUCUUUGUUGUCGUCUGCCGAGUUCUGCUUAAGGCUGCAGCAGACGCUGAAGAGGAAGUGGGCCAGUGUUUUCAUCUUUUUCUGUGUUGACUAUUUUAAGAAGUCUGUCCUUUUUUAAAUGCACUCGUCUGGUGACUCAGAUUCACGUCUGAGUAGAAAACAUGAAUCUUUUCGAGGUGAUGAUUUUUAAAAAGAAAAAGUGAUGUAAAAAAGAAUCAGGUAUUAAAAGCUACAUCAAUGAGAA